CGGCUUUACAUUUUUUAUAGGAAAAAUAUUUGCUGGACUAUACGUUUUUCCUCUGAUUUUGAAAUACAUUUAAGCUAAUAUAUAAGCGCGUGGAAUCACUCCAAGGAUGUCGCACAGUUCAUAUGGUCGAAAGUGGGCUGCUGCUCAGGGAGCCUUGGAGAACCUUUUAGAGGAUGAGCAUCCCACAAUGCAGCUCGAUCCUCAAAAGGACCGCCUUCAGGUUUUUCAGACACUGGCCACUUUCUACUUACGCUACCUGAAGAUAUUCCAUGCCCUGGAAGAGGUGUAUGAUCAGAUUGUUCACCCUCAGAAGAGACGUGCUGUUCACCGGGUUCUUGAGGGGGUGAUGGGACGACUGGUGGAACUCAAGAAUGAGAUGGUGGAGCUGGAAUAUUCAGAGUUUCAUUACUUUGAUGACAUAUUGCAGGACUUUAAGAUGACACCUGAGGAUCUUGAGGUGCCUAUUCCACAUUAUUUUGUGAGGGAGAGGAUGAGGGCACUGAAAGAGAGGGAGAAGAUUUUGUCUCAUAUUUUGGCUAAAGGAGGACAUCAAGAACAUAAAACGAUGACCAUUCAGUCCAUGUCGAUGGAGCGGGCUGUGCAUUUGCUGCAGGUCAGCGAGCGAGCUCGUCAAGGGAGACUGAGAGCUCACUUCAUGAAGAAGAUUUGGCAGGAGGAACAGAGAAGGCAGCAGGGGGAUAGUUCUAGCUCUGGCAUGCUAAACCCUGACCAGGCAGCCACCUGCAUUCAGAAGGUGUGGCGGGGGUAUCGAGACAGGAAGAGGGUCAACAAGGAACGUCUAGAGGAGAUGAUAUUUCUGGGAAUGAUACCAGCCCAGCAACUGACGCCAAGCCCUGCCCAACAGCAUGCCCAGCAGGUGGUAAGCAGCAGGCAUGUGGUGCAGGAAGAGUAUGAGGCUGAGUACCAGAGAGCACUGGUCAGCAUCAAGGAGUCAGUGUUGUCUGUGGAUGGCCCAGAUAUUAAGGAAACCCUGCAAGAACAAAUACGGCAGUGGUUUAUUGAGUGUCGAGAUGCCACAGGGAAGUUUCCUGACUUUCCAAAUGCUGAGGAUGGAGGAUCUGCUUCCAUAUUUGCUCAGAAGACACCUGAGCAGGUUGCUGCUGAACUUGCUGCUAAAGAAGAGAGGGAGAAGAAGAAAAAGUCGAAGGCAGAGAAGGACAAAAAAGGGAAUGACCGGAAAGAGAAGAAAGGAAAGAUGAAAGGAAAAAAGGGGAAAGGAGAAACAGAGGAGGAAGAGAAGGGAUGGAAGAUGACUCCCAGUAACUUCCUUCCUACGGUAGUCGAGGGAACCAAACUGUACAAAGAGGUUUGGCAUAGCCGGCAUGAGAAACAGAACUUCCUUCAAUAUUUUGACGCUCAGCUGGUGCGAGAGGAGAAAAGACUGGAAGUUGAAGAGGAGGUCAGAGUUCAGGUGGACGAACUAAUGAGGCAAGAACUGAAGAACCUUAAGCUGAUGGUGGACAGAGAGAAGGGGAAGAAAAAGAAAAAAAUCAAGAAAAACAGUAAAAAGAAAAAGAAGAAAGGGAGGAAAACUGGAAAGAAGAAGAAGACGAAGAAAGAGAAGGACCUGACUGCUGACAGAACCAUUGAAUCCCUGUAUGAGGAGCUUGUUUUGGAAGGCUUCAUAAUCAGGCCGAUGAAUGUCAAGUUGUCAGAUUACAUAGGUGAAUACAGUUACUUGGGCACAUCCCUGCGGCAAGCAGAUGUUGAGCCAAUGCCAUCUCUCUCCGACGUCAGACAGCUAAUCGCACUUUAUGGCAUCCUACCUCUGGGCUCUCAGUGUGUCCAUGAGAGAGGCCCCCUGAUCCGGGCUCUGCUGCUUACCGGGCCUGCUGGUGUGGGGAAGAAGAUGUUGGUCCAUGCCCUGUGCACCGAGACUGGGGCAAACCUAUUCGACCUCUCUCCCGCAACCACAGCUGGCAAAUAUCCAGGCAAGAGCGGACUGCAGUACCUCCUGCACAUGGUCUUUAAGGUGGCUCGCCAGCUGCAGCCCUCAAUCAUUUGGAUUGGUGAUGCUGAGAAAACAUUCUACAAGAAAGUUCCAAAGCUGGAGAAAGAGAUUGAGCCCAAAAGACUUAAGAAAGAUCUGCCAAAGGUCUUGAAAUCUAUUAAGCCAGCGGACCGUGUUUUGGUGGUCGGGACGACUCGCAGACCUUUUGAUGCAGACAUCAAACCUUUCUGUAAGGUUUACAAGAAGAUCAUUUUGAUCCCUAGACCAGAUUAUGCAUCAAGACUUACUCUGUGGAAGGAGAUGCUUCAAGCAAGAGGUGCUCAGUUGGGCCCCAAGCUGGACCUGAGCUCUCUAGCUAAGGUUACGGAUGGUUACACGCAAGGUCAUAUUCUUCUGGCCAUCCAGAAUGUCCUGAGCUCUUUCCGCCUCGACCAGCAGACCAAGAGACCCCUCACUGCUAUGGAGUUCAUCCCCCCUCUUGCAAGGCAAGACCCUGUCUACAAGGAAGAAGAAGAGACUUUUAAGGCAUGGUACAGCCGGACACCUCUGGGGAAAAAACGGGCACAAGCGGCCAAGGCAAGUGAGGAGGCAGAUAAGACGAAUGGGAAGAAGAAAGGAGGGAAAUUACAGAAAAAAGGAAGGGAGGGGAAGAGUAAAAAAAGAAAGAAAAAUAACUAAAAAUUGUUUUUUAGUUAUUGCACCUUUGGAUGGGUGCAAUUCAGUAAAAAGUCAUCCAAUCCGAUCCUGAUGAAAAUUUAUCAGCAGUUCCCCUUCUGGCCAGCAGAGGACACUAGCACAUUUUCAAAUGGAGAGUUUAUUUACUUGCUUUAAUCGGUUUUAAUCCAUUCCAUUGUUCCCCCAAACUAUUACGGUAAAUUUUCUUUCUAAAUUGUUGGUUUUUCUAAUCCUGACAAUUGAAAAUGUUAAUACCCUUAACCUAGGUGAUGACCGCAGACAGCUCAAGAUGAGAUGACUAUUUCUACUCAUUGUGCUUUUCACAACCAUUUUGGGUGACUUUGUUUUUCAUCUUUAUAAUACAUGAUCAUGCAUCUUCUAUUAAAUUGUAUUGCCUACAAAUUAUAACAAAUCUCUUACCAUAAUCUAUUAGAAUCAGAAGUGUGUUGGACUUACAUUCAGUACUAGAAAGUACAUUACAGAAUUUAUUUGUGCUGCAGGUUUGGCCAUUUGGAAAAACCUGUUUUUGAAAUGAGUCAUUAUAUGUGAGAGUCAGACAAGCAGAUCCCUUUUUAGACCUUUAUUUUGUAAUGAGAUCCACAAUAGUAUACCUCUUAGACCUGAAGCUUCUUUAAAGGAAUGGCUGGCCCAAAAAUGAAAAUUGUGUCAUCAUUUACUCACCCUUAUGCCGUACCAUACCCAUUUUUUUCCUUCUGCAGAACACAAAGGAAAUUAAUUAAUGAACAUCCCAUUGGCUAAAUUCAAUACAAUGGCACUACAUAGUGACUCACGUUAACACUUAAUAAAGCACCCAAAUGCGUCAUAUUCCAAGUCUGUUGAAGGCAUACGGUCACUUUGUUUGAUGAACAGACUUUAAGUUGAUAGUCUCUCUCGAGUCAAAUCAAAUCAUUAAUAACAUCUGUAAACAGCUCUGAAAUCAAAUAUGGUAGCUACGGCCCUGUCCCAAAUGACACACUAGAUGGCCUUUAUAUGCGUGUGGCCGCGAAGUCCACGAGACCGUAGGGUGUCCCAUUUGACACUCAGAAGGUUUGAGCUCCACAGUGGGUCUACUACCCAACAGUCCAUGCUCCUUAUCCUCUUGACCAAUCACAGCAUACAGGAGUUUCCUGCCGGCAAAAAAAUAAUGGCGGACGAGACGAUAACAAGAGCGGAUUUAAUAUUGAUUUAGUCAUUGUUUUCUCUGAUUGUCAACGAUGGAUCUCCUGCUUUUCUUGUGUAUUUAUCACUUUUUAAUUUGAUGUGUAUAAUUGGUUUUAAAAAAGUUGUUUUAUUUAGUUUAUUAGAGAUGGAAUCAUUCAGUUUCUAUUGAAUAAUUUUACUUGGGAAAGUUUUGCGUUCAUAAAAGUAAGUAACUUAAAACUAAAAUCUUCACUAUCAUUGUUUCAAAGAGGAUUUCAGUGUUAUUGUGAGUCUUAAAAAUAUUUAGACAUGAAAGAGUACGUUCCUGCAUAUAGCAGUAUUUUGCAAAUUUUAUUAUAUCUAUUUAAAUUGCAAUGUUCAAUCUAUUGGUGAUAUGUAUGCCUAUGCCUAAAAAAGUGUGUGUGUGAAAUGUAUACAUUUUAAACUGUGGUUUAAUUGUCCAAAUACUUUUGGCGUCACUCUAUGCUCAUUUGUAAAAACUGAAAAUGUAAGGGUAUUUUAGGAUCUUCCACAUGGUGUCUUAUGGAAUCCCCUCAGUAUCAGAGAGCUUAUUGGCCCAUAUAAUCUUCAACUGCACUGCAACAUCUCUGCCCAGGUCUUAGAGUUUUUCGUGUUCAGUGCUUACAAGACAGUCUGCUCUGCCAUGCAUCUGACCCACUUCCCUUUCUCCUUUUAGACUGCAGUUCUUCCCAAGGGAGCAGGGUAGGGAUGCACCAGCUGUGCCUAAGUUUUCAUGUAAGUUAGGACGUAAAGUUUUAAUAAAUAGAUUUAAUAAAUAGUAUAUUUGCCCUGUGUAAAUAACAAUAUAUAACUGUAUCUAAAAUAAAUAAGGGGUGAUAAAUAAAUACUAAUACAACAGGCUGGAAAAAUAGACAUUUAUUCAUUUUAAUAUCCUAUAUAUAUUUUGAAUGUGUUGAAACUUGACACUGAGCGACACACCCUGAAAACUGCACCGUUUGAAUGGUUUCAUACUGAAGAGCCGCUUAAAAGUAAGGUUUUUUUUCUUUCUCGUAAAUGUAAACGAGUGUAAAUGUCAACGUUAUACUGUAUGUCGAAAGGAUUGUUGCCUGUCACACAAAACAUGAGCUCACUGAUGUCAUAAAAUAUCAGUCUGCUUUUUUAUUCCAUCAGUUACUCCUGGUCGGAGGCUUCCGUAAAUAUUUAGUUUAAACGUAGGGUUACGUCCUACCAAAGUUUAAUGGUGCAACGCUCAAAUAUUUAGUAGGGUGUAAAUUGUGACUUAGUGCCCAUUUACGUAACAACUAGGCUAAGUUGUAACAUACGUAUAGCUGGUGCAACCGGCCCCAGAUGCCUAUUCUAAAUUCCUUAAUUCUCUGUAAUGUCUUCCCAACCCCUCGUCUGCAACAUAAUCAACCUUCUCUUAGCUCAUCCUAAGUUGUUCCUGGCACCUUUCUUUCUCCUCUGUGAUUUUUUGCCAUGCCUUUUCUUUCUUUAUCCCACUCUUCUGCUCUGAUCUCACAACAUCCCCUCCUUCUCACCAGGUUUAUAGAGCAUGACAAACACACUCACCUCAAUGUGCUCUUUGUAGCUUCAGCUCACAUCUAAUUGAAUUGUUCAGGAGUGUGUGUGUGUGUGUGUUUUCUUACCCCAAAAACAGCCCUAAAGCUGGGUGACAUGUUAAGAGGAGUGUUUUUUUUUUUUUUCAUGACUUGUUAAUUUAAAUGAGAAUUGUUGAUGUGCACGUGCCUAAAUGCACUGGCUUACAUUUGCACACCUAAUUACUGAAAAUAAAAAGACGAUUUGAAGUCCUAUUUUCCUGCAGUGCUCUUCAUACUGUUUUUAAUUAAAUGCCUCGUUUGACUGUGCAUUAUUCUCAUAGGUCAUUUCCCUUACGCAUUUCUCCCCUUCAGGAGUGCUAAUAAUUAAACAUUAUUCAGAUUGGAUUAGUCAGAUGCAUCUUUAGUCUCAAUGAGACCUGAGUGCAGAACUUUCUCACCCUGUGGCCGUUGCUGUAAAAUAAAGUACAGCAGCUCCUCAUUUCAAGGAGCCUUUUAACCAUUGUUUUGCAAUUACUAUUUAUUUCCCUGUCCUGUGGCUUCAGGGUCCAGGGCUUUCUUAUGCAGCACUGCCUUUGCUACAGCAAGCGGUGACCUCUGAGCUACUGUUUAUAGUGAUGCAUCUGUGUGCAUCAGCUAGCAGCCUGCCUAUGCCUUUACAACUUUAGCAACCCUAGGUUUGGCCUAGGGGCUAAAGGGUGAGACGGAGCCAUUUAGAAGUUGUCCCUGAUUUAAUGGAAAUCGUUAAAGUGAGCCUUCAAAAAGGCCAGAUGACAGGCGAGAUGUGGAAACUGACCCACAGGAUAGCCUCUGUAAGCUGUCACAUUUGACUAUCUCUCCAUACAGAGUGCACAGAUUGUAAUUUGUUUUAAAUUCAUUGGGAAUG